AUGGUUAAGAAAGCAAUUGACUCAAGGAUUCCAACCUUGAUCCGGAAUGGAAUUCAGGAGAAGAAACGAAGCUUCUUCGUCGUCGUUGGAGACCGACAGAAGGAUGUCAUCGUCAACCUCUACCACAUCCUACUGAAUAUGGAUGUAAAGAGGAAUAAGCAAGUCCUCUGGGCAUACAAGAAUAAACUUCUGGGAUUCACCAGCCACCGGCAGAAGCGCGAAAAGAAAAUCAAGAAAGAAAUCAAGCGCGGGAUCAGAGAUGCUGACACCGAAGAUCCGUUCGAGUUGUUCGUCUCGACGCAAAGCAUUCGGUAUGUCUACUACAAGGAGACAGAUAAGAUUCUAGGUAACACCUAUGGCAUUUGUAUCCUUCAGGACUUCGAGGCAAUCACGCCAAAUCUGCUCGCACGGACGGUGGAAACCGUCGAGGGCGGUGGAUUGGUUAUCAUCCUCCUAAAAGGCAUGAACAGUUUGAAGCAACUGUAUACGUUGUCCAUGGACAUCCAUUCGCGGUAUCGAACGGAAGCCCAUAACGAUGUGGUUGCGAGAUUCAACGAACGCUUCAUUCUGUCACUCGGGAGCUGCGAGUCAUGUCUCGUCGUCGACGACGAGAUGAACGUCCUGCCCCUUUCGGGUGGUAAAAAUCUCAAGCCACUACCCCCUCCGGAAGAGGAUACCCCUCUGAGUCCCAACGCCAAAGAGCUGGCGGAGAUCAAGGACCGUCUUGGGGACGCGAUGCCGGUUGGCCCGCUCCUCAAAUUGGCGAAGACGCUGGACCAAGCGAGGGCACUGCUCACUUUCGUCGAUGCCAUUGCGGAGAAGACGUUGCAGAGCACAGUGACCUUAACCGCCGCACGCGGUCGAGGAAAGUCUGCUGCAUUAGGUAUCGCCAUUGCCGCUGCGGUGGCGCAUGGGUACAGCAACAUCUUCAUCACAUCGCCGAGCCCGGAGAAUUUGAAGACGUUGUUUCAAUUCGUCUUCCUCGCUUUCGAUGCGAUGGAGUACAUGGAUCACACGGAUUACACGAUCAUCCAGUCGACAAAUCCGGACUUCAACAAGGCGAUUGUCCGGGUCAACAUUUUCCGGACGCACCGUCAAACGAUCCAGUACAUCCAGCCUCAAGACGCCCAUGUUUUGGGACAAGCGGAGCUGGUGGUGAUCGACGAGGCCGCCGCGAUUCCUCUUCCUUUGGUCAAGAAAUUGAUGGGGCCAUACCUCGUCUUCAUGGCGUCAACCAUUAAUGGUUAUGAAGGCACCGGACGAUCGCUCUCCUUGAAAUUGAUACAGCAACUCCGAGACGAAUCAAGAGGAAUCAGAUCCAAGGGGGACACCGACUCAAAGACCGAAAGCAGCGGUCAAGUAUCUCGCGCCCGAUCACUACGAGAGAUCACCCUCUCCGAACCAAUCCGUUACGGGCAAGGCGACGCGGUCGAGAAAUGGCUCAACACCCUUCUCUGCCUGGACGCCACCCUCCCCCGAGCGAACCCCGCCAUGCGAGGCGUCCACCACCCCUCCGAAUGCCAACUUCUCUUCGUCAACCGUGACACCCUCUUCUCCUUCCACCCCGUCUCCGAAAAGUUUCUCCAGCAGAUGAUGGCCCUCUACGUCGCCAGCCACUACAAGAACUCCCCCAACGACCUCCAGCUCAUGUCCGACGCCCCCGCCCACCAGCUGUUCGUCCUCGUCCCGCCCAUUGACGAAUCGUCCAGCCGCCUCCCGGAGCCCCUGUGCGUCGUUCAGGUGGCUCUGGAAGGCCAGAUCAGCCGAGAGAGCGUGCUGAACAGCCUCAGCCGCGGCCAGCGCGCCGGAGGCGAUCUGAUCCCCUGGCUUGUCAGCCAGCAAUUCCAGGAUGAGGAGUUCGCCAGUCUUUCCGGCGCCCGCGUCGUCCGCAUCGCGACGAACCCGGAGUAUACGAACAUGGGAUACGGAUCCCGCGCGCUGCAACUCCUCGUGGAUUUCUACGAGGGCAAGUGUGCGAGCUUGUCGGAAGAAGAGCUGUCCGCGCCGCCGGAGAUGGUUCGGGUGACGGACACGGAAUUGGAGCACUCCACCCUGUUGCAGGACAACGUCCGCGUCCGAGACAUCGGCUCGAUGCCGCCUUUGUUCUCGCGCCUGGCGGAGAUCCGCCCGCCACGGCUGGACUACGUGGGCGUCAGCUACGGGCUCACCUCGCCGCUGCACAAGUUCUGGAAGCGCGGGAAAUUCGCGCCCGUCUAUCUCCGGCAAACGGCCAACGACCUCACGGGCGAGCAUACGUGCGUGAUGCUCCGGACCCUGGAUUCCGGCACCACCGACCCGGAAUGGCUCGGCGACUUCGUGCAAGACUUCCACAAGCGAUUCCUCACUCUCCUCUCCUACCAAUUCCGCACCUUCCCCUCCGUCCUCGCCCUCAGUAUCGAAGAGUCCUCCCGCCUCGGCUUCACGCAAUCCCCCACCCCGUUCGCCAAACCGGCCCUCGACACCGCCUUCUCCCCCUUCGACCUCAAGCGCCUUGACAGCUACGCCAACAACAUGCUCGAUUACCACGUCAUCCUCGACCUGCUCCCGCGCAUCUCCACCCUCUACUUCCGUGGCGCCCUGCGUGCCGACGUGUCGCUCUCCGGCGUGCAGACCGCCCUCCUCCUCGCUCUAGGCCUGCAGCGCAAGCAGCUGGAGGAGCUAGAGAAGGAGCUCGGCCUGGGCGCGUCGCAGCUGCUCGCGAUGUUCGUGAAGGUCGUAAGGAAGUUCAGUGGGCAUUUCCGGUCUGUGUCGGCGACAGCGAUCGAGGAGGGGAUGCCGCAGAUGGCGGAGGAGGGGGUUACGGAUGGGGCAAUGCGCGUGGAUCAGAACGCUGGAGCGAGGCUGGAGGAUGAGUUGGCGCUGGGGGCGAGCGAGGUGAAUGAUGCGGAGAAAGAGCGGAUGCGGAGCAUGAUUGAUGCGUUGCCGCUGGACAAGUAUGAGAUCGUGGCGGAAGACAAGGAUUGGAAGGAGGCGGAGCAUCAGGUGCGCAGUGUGCAGACGAAGGGGGGAAAGUCGUCGACAGUUAGCGUACGGAGCACGAAGACGGUGAGUGGGAAGCGGAAGGGGGAGGAUGAGGGGAAGGGGCAGAAGGGGCAGAAGGAUAAGAAGAAGCAGAGGAGGUGA